AUGCAACCGCGGGACUUAACCGCCAGGAUGGUCGGGCCCCAGCGGUCCCGAGGGUGGCCUGGGCCGCGAGGCGCGAGCCGGGCGCAGAGGGCCGCCGGCCUCGGCGAGGAGAUGAGGUCCGGAAGUUCUUUAGGACCCGAGCCGCCCGGCGUGACGCGCCGGGGCGGGGCUUCGCGCCGUCGGGGCGGACGCUGCGGCGGGGGGCGGGGCCAGCGCGCGCGGCGCAAGAUGGCGGCGUCCGGGGCCGCGGCGCCGGCGGGGAACGUGUUCCCGUUCCGGGACGCCCGCGCCACCCCAGACCCGGUGCUGGAGGCCGGCCCGGUGGCUCCAGGGCCGCUGCCGGUGCCGCUGGUGCUGGACAACGGGUCAUUCCAGGUCCGCGCCGGCUGGGCGUGCCCCGGGCCGGACGCAGGCCCGGAGCCGCGCCUGCAGUUCCGCGCCGUGUGCGCCCGCGGGCGGGGCGCGGCGCGGGGCGGGGCGGGCCCGCAGGUGGGCAACGCGCUGGGCAGCCUGGAGCCGCUGCGCUGGAUGCUGCGCUCGCCCUUCGACCGCAACGUGCCGGUCAACCUGGAGCUGCAGGAGCUGCUGUUUGACUACUGCUUCCAGCACCUGGGGGUCUCCUCGCAGGGCUGUGUGGAUCACCCCAUCGUUCUGACAGAAGCGGUGUGCAACCCACUGUAUUCGCGACAGAUGAUGUCCGAGCUCCUUUUUGAGUGCUACAGGAUUCCCAAGCUGGCCUACGGGAUAGACAGCCUGUUCAGCUUCUACCACAACAAGCCAAAGACCUCCAUCUCCAGUGGGCUCAUCAUUUCAUCUGGGUACCAGUGCACACACAUUUUACCCAUCUUAGAAGGGAGAUUAGAUGCUAAAAAUUGCAAACGCAUCAAUCUGGGAGGAAGCCAAGCAGCUGGCUACCUCCAGCGUCUCCUGCAGCUAAAGUACCCUGGGCACCUGGCAGCUAUCACCCUCAGCCGCAUGGAGGAGAUCCUGCAUGAGCACAGCUACAUCGCCGAGGAUUAUGCAGAAGAAUUGCAGAAGUGGCGGUGCCCUGACUAUUACGAAAACAAUGUGCAUAAAAUGCAGCUCCCGUUUUCCAGCAAGCUCCUCGGCAGCACUCUGACCGCCGAGGAGAAGCAGGAAAGGCGGCAGCAGCAGCUGCGGCGGCUGCAGGAGCUGAACGCCCGGCGGCGGGAGGCGAAGCUGCAGCUGGAUCAGGAGCGGCUGGACAGGCUGCAGUACGUGCAGGAACUUCUAGAGGAUGGCCAGAUGGAUCAGUUUCACAAAGCUCUGAUGGAGCUGAACAUGGACUCCCCAGAAGAGCUGCAGUCCUACAUACACAAGCUCAGUUCGGCUGUGGAGCAAGCUAAGCAGAAAAUCCUCCAAUCCGAAGUCGCCCUCGAGGUGGAUGUGGUGGACAGCAAGCCUGAGACCCCUGACCUAGAGCCUCUAGAGCCAACCCUGGAAGACGUGGAGAACAUCAAUGAUUUUGAACCCUUGUUUUCAGAGGAAACGCCGGAAGUGGAGAAGCCAGUUGCCGCUGUCCAGCCCGUGUUUAACUUGGCAGCAUAUCACCAGCUGUUUGUUGGGACAGAAAGAAUUCGGGCUCCAGAAAUUAUCUUCCAGCCGUCUCUCCUGGGCGAAGAGCAGGCUGGAGUAGCAGAGACCCUCCAGUACAUUCUGGACAGGUACCCAAAGGACAUUCAGGAGGUGCUGGUUCAGAACGUUUUCCUCACUGGCGGGAACUUGAUGUAUCCUGGGCUAAAAGGUAGAAUCGAGAAGGAACUGUUGGCGAUGAGACCCUUUCAGUCAUCUUUUCAGGUUCAGCUUGCCUCUAACCCUGUGCUGGACGCCUGGUAUGGUGCUCGUGACUGGGCCUUGGACCACCUGGAUGAUGAUGCCGUCUGGGUCACCAGGAAAGAAUAUGAAGAGAAGGGAGGAGAGUACUUCAAGGAGCAUUCUGCUUCCAACAUCUACGUCCCCAUCCACCUGCCAAAGCAGGCUUCACGCUCCUCAGAAGCCCAGGCGUCAGGCAAAGGCUCAGGGGCCAGUGGAGGCAGUGCUGGUGAGCAGGCAUGA